AUGGCCUCCAUGAGAUCGGAGGAGGCCGAUCGCCGGAGGAUCCGCAACAUUGUUAAGGAUAUGGUAACUGACUCACCCCUUAUUUACCCAUCCAUGGAUUUAUUACGAACAUUAUUCUGGAAUUGCCGUGGAGCCGGCAAUAAAAACUUCAAACGUAACCUAACAGAAAUAGUUCGUGCCCACAAACCUGAAAUUCUAAUUCUUAUGGAAACAAAGGUGCCUUUUAGCAAAAUGGGAAAUUUCUUUAAUAGAUUGGGCUUCACAGCUUCGACUAUUGUAGACCCAAUUGGCCGUGUUGGAGGGAUAUGGAUUGUUUGGGACACAAGCCAGGUUAACGUGCGAGCUUCUUCAGUCAAUUCCCAGGCUAUUCAUGCCACCAUCCACAAAGAAGAUUAUGAUGAAUGGGUCUUAGCAGCUGUUUAUGCCAGCCCAAAUCCUGUUGUGAGAGAGCAGCUAUGGGAUGAUCUAGAGGCAGUGGCUAUCAACAUGUCUAAACCUUGGUUGGUUGCCGGCGAUUUCAAUGAUUAUGCUAACCAAGGGGAGAGAAGAAGCUUCAACCCAAGGCACAAUGCUGUAAGAAAUCAGAAGUUCUUGGAUAGGGUCAACAAUUGUAAACUGAUUGAUUUAGGGAGCUCUGGCCCAAAAAUGACAUGGACCAAUAACAGACAGGGUCUUGCCAACACAAAGGAAAGAUUGGAUAGGGCUAUGAGCAACUCAGAAUGGCGAACCAUGUUCCCGGAGGCCACUGUGAGAGUACUCCCUAGGACUUAUUCAGACCAUUCACCUCUUUUGGUCUACACCCAAGGUGAUAGAAAUUCUAAAUAUUUCCAUGUUUCCACUAUUACCAAGAGAAGAAAGAAUAAAAUCAAUGCUCUUAAAGAUACUUAUGGUAAUUGGAUCACUGAUUCUGUUAAUAUCAAGGCAAGUAUUCUUGAGUAUUUUCAACACCUCUUCAGAGAUGAAGUUAUUACCAAGCUGGAUCACUGGAACAACUUAACCCCUACCUACUUCACUCAAGAGGACAAUGCUGGUUUAUCUAAACCCCUCACUAAUUCAGAGAUUUUAAAAGCUGUGAAAGAUAUUGGUGCUUUCAAAGCACCAGGCAGAGAUGGCAUUCAAGCCAUUUUUUACCAAAAAUACUGGAAUAUUGUUCAACAUUCCGUCAUUAAUGAAACUCUUAUUGUGCUUAUACCUAAGAUUGAUAAUCCUGAAAACAUUAGGCAAUUUAGACCCAUUAGCCUAUGCAAUGUUUCUUAUAAAAUCAUUACUAAGCGUAUAGUUGGUCGUAUUAGACCCCUUCUUGACAAUUUGAUAAGCCCUAAUCAAAGCAGUUUUAUACCUGGAAGGAACACCACUGAUAACAUUAUCAUCACACAAGAAAUUCUGCAUUCUUUGAGAAAUAAGAAAGGAACUCAAGGUGGCAUGAUAUUUAAGAUUGACUUGGAAAAAGCUUAUGAUCGGUUGUCCUGGGUUUUCAUCAAAGAUACUCUUCUUGAACUAAAACUUAAUGAUAAUUGGAUUGAGUUAAUUAUGAGUUGUGCUUCUAACCAACACUCUUCUAUCUUGUGGAAUGGUGAAAUUAUUGAGGGUAUCCAAAAUGGGAGAGGGCUCAGGCAAGGUGAUCCCCUUUCCCCCUACCUAUUUGUGCUUUGUAUGGAAAGGUUAUCCAAUAUGAUCAACUUUAAAGUUCAACAGGGUUCUUGGAAAGGCAUCAAGGCAUCUCGAAAUAGCCUUUCUGUUUCCCAUUUGUUUUUCGCUGAUGACCUCAUCCUUUUUGCUCAAGCUAACCAAAUGAAUUGUGAAACUAUAAUAGAUGUUCUUUGUGAAUUUUGUGAGGUGUCUGGUCAGAAAAUCAAUUAUGCUAAGUCUAAACUCUUUAUUUCCCUUAAUAUCCCUAAACUUUUAGCCAAAUCCAUCAGCUCCUCUAGUGGCAUUCCCCUAACUCAGGAUCUUGGUAAAUAUCUAGGCUCACCAUUACUUCAUAAGAGAGUUACUAAGAGCACUUUCAAUGACAUUCUUGAGAAGAUGAAAACUAAACUAUCAGGUUGGAAAGCCAAAAACCUUACCAUGGCCGGGAGAGCAACUCUUAUCCAAUCUGUUACCUCUGUUAUUCCCUCAUAUAGCAUGCAAACUAUGGAGCUUCCUAGAAAACUCUGUGAUGAGAUAGAUAAACUCAAUAGAAAUUUCCUUUGGGCUGACUCUGAGAAUCACAAGAAAGUCCACCUCGUAAACUGGGAUAGUGUGUGCAAAAGAAAAAUUGAGGGAGGCCUAGGCAUUCGCAAGGCUAGAGAUCAUAACGCUGCUCUUCAUACCAAACUUGGGUGGAAAAUCCUGUGUGAUAAGAAUAAGCUUUGGUGCAAAAUUCUUCAUUCCAAAUAUUUGAAACAUCAUAGCCUUUAUACUUGGCCUCAGAGCAAGCAAGCUUCUCACAUUUGGCGAAGCAUUUGCAAAAAUAGGGAUACCCUCCGUAAGGGUGUUAAAUGGGUUGUUGGCAAUGGGGAACACAUUUCCCUUUGGAAUGAUUGGUGGUGUGGUACUCAACCUUUAGCUCAACUUAAUAACACCUACCAAUCCAAUGAUCUUGAUAAAGUUAGCUCUAUCUUAGACGAUGAGGGAAAUUGGGAUACGGAGAAACUUAAAACCCUUGUCACUAAACAGGACUUGGAUGAAAUUCUCAAAAUAUACAGACCUAGGUUUGUUACCUUUACUGAUGCUCCUGCCUGGAUUGGAUCUACCUGUGGUAAUUUUAACACUGGCUCUGCUUUUAACAUUAUUACUAAUUCUGUUGUGGAUGGCAGGGAUUGGAAAUGGGUUUGGAAAAUCAAAACUCCUCAAAAAUUGAAAUACUUUCUCUGGCUUAUCCUAAAAGGCAGGUUAUUGACUAACCAUUUGCGCCUUGAAAGAAAUAUGGCUUCUUCUGACCUUUGUCCUAGAUGUGGGCAGACUAGUGAAACUUUGCAACAUCUCCUUAGAGACUUCAACCUUGGAAGCCCCUCAUCCAGUGGUCCCAAGCCCAAAUCAUUCAAAUCAAAGUCUAAAGCUGUUGCUGCCCAGCCAGUCCAAUCAAAGCCCAAAUCAAAGUCCAAAGCAAAGGCAAAGCCCAUUUCACCUUCUGCUCAGCCCAACGUCAAGUCCAAGAAUAAAUCCAAGUCAUCCAAAGAAGAUAUGAUCCAGUUAGCCCAUCAACUCUUGAAUCAAGCUAAAACCCAAUCCACUGAUUCAGACAAUUCAGAAGAAGCAUCAGAACAUGCCCACUCCUCUGAAGAAUCAACUAGUCAAUGUUCAGGACCCGAGUUUCAAGAUGCUCAGGAUCCAUUUGCAUGA